AAUAAACGUUGUCAUCAGCAGCAGCAGAGCGGGGCGACCUAAUUUUAUAACAUGGCGCACAACACUGCUUCCUCAGCGAUGGACACUUUGGAGCUAUAUAGGCUCAAGUGAACAGAAAAAAUUCUACAAAUACGUUUUCAAUAUUGAACAAAUAUAUACAUUGGAUAUAUCUAUUCAUCUAGAAAAUCUUUCGACAUAGAGUAGUACAAUUCAUUGAUACAUAUAUUAAAUAUGCUUGUCUUUAUCAAGUCAUCGACGCUUGCCUUCACCGCAAGAUGUUUAGUCUGGGCAUUAAUGUUUAAUUUCGUGCAAACGGAAUCCUCAGAUACAGAAUGUCCAAUUGGAACUUAUCUACCUCCUGAUUGCCUCGAAGAUUGUCCACAAAGCUGUAACAAAGGAAAAUGUGAUGAAUAUACUGGAGAUUGUUCAGAAGGAUGCCUGCCAGGGUACAGGGGGAAGAAAUGCGACCAAACAUGCCCCGAUGGAAAAUAUGGUAAAGGAUGCACUAAGACAUGUAGUCCUAUGUGUAUAAUACCAGGCUGCUUUUCAAAUAAUGGUAGUUGUCACUCUGGAUGUAAACCAGGAUUCCAGGGAAAGAAGUGUAAUGAAGAAUGUGAUUUUACCAGGUUUGGAGAGAGGUGUUCUAAAAAAUGUCACUGCAAAAAAAGAGAAGAAAGAUGUGAUAAAAUAACUGGAGUGUGUAAGAGUGGUUGUUCAGCAGGUUGGCUUGGAGAAAAUUGCCAGCAAGCAUGUGAAGAUUUUAAAUUUGGAAUUAAUUGCACAAAGGAUUGCCGAUGCCGGGAUAAAAGUGAAUCAUGUGACAAGAAAUCUGGCCGAUGCCGCACUUUGUGUGCGCCAGGUUGGAAAGGAGAAGAUUGUCAAGAAGAUUGUGCGGAAACCAGUCGUUAUGGAUUUAGCUGCAAGAAACGUUGCAGCCAUUAUUGUAAGAAUCAAAAAUGCGACCGCAUAACAGGCAAGUGCAUGUCAGGAUGCAUCCAGGGACACCGAGGAGACAAAUGUGACGAAGAAUGCUAUGCUGGAACAUAUGGACCUGACUGUAAUAAAACUUGCAAUCCCAACUGCAUUGACAGCGUCUGUGAAUGGUAUAAUGGUUAUUGCAAAAUAGGCUGCAAACCAGGUUUCCAAGGUGGUCAUUGCAAUGAAGAAUGUGAUGAUUAUACCUUUGGACCAAACUGUCAAGAGAAAUGCCGUUGUAUUGAUGAGAGCGAAGUUUGCAAUAAAUCAACUGGUGUGUGUGUUAGCAGUUGUCAGACAGGCUGGAGAGGCGCAAACUGCUCACUUUAUUGUGAACAUGGCACCUUUGGAUUAAACUGUUCCUACUAUUGUGGUUUCUGCAAAGACGGAGUAACUUGUGACUCUGUGGAAGGUUUCUGUCCCAAAAAUCAUUGUGAAAAUGGAUGGACUGGAGAUAUGUGCACUGAAGAAUGUGAGCCUGGUUUUUAUGGCUUCAACUGCUCAACUGUCUGUGGAUUUUGUGCCAAUAAUAAAACAUGCAAUCCCUUCAACGGAACAUGCCCUGAUGGCUGUUUGGGUGGAUACAUUGGCAGUGUUUGCGACAAACGAUUACUAGCAGAAGAUUAUCGAAAACUCAUGAAGAAUUUGGCCAUAGCUCUGGCAGUUUUCACUGGAUUAUUUACUUUCACUUGUAUCAUCUUAAUGGCUAUUAUGUUGCUGGUGAGCAAAAAGAAAAAAGAUAAAACUAUCAUCACACGGGAUGAUGAAGCACCAGAAGUCACAGAUGACAAGCAAGAGUUGAUUAUUCCUCAAUCUAAACACCAAUUGAUUGCCAUUGGAGAAUUAGUUGUUGGUAUCACGGAUCGCAAAUUAAACACUGGAUGUUUUGGAGAUAUUUGGAAAGCAAGAAGUUUAAGUAGUUGGGACAAUACUACUGAAGUAGCUUUACUAAUCGUUAAAGAUGGUUUAUCCGAUGACGAAAGAGGAGAUUUAAAGGAAGCAAAAGCUAUGGCCGAAGCGCUUGGGCAGCAUCCUAACAUCCUCAGUUUUAUAACUGAUGCUGUAGCUAAUGACCGGCAUUACAUUGCCCUGGAUUAUGCUGAAAGUGGAGAUUUAAGAUCUUACUUGUUAAAGAUGCGUAAAGGAACAGACAAAGAACCCAACGUUUUGGUUUUCUUCCAAGUGAAAUUGCUAUAUAUUGCCGCUGAAAUUGCCUGUGGCUUGCUAUAUCUUUCUAAUCAUCAGACAAUCCAUGGUAAUUUAUGUGCACAGAACAUAUACCUUGAUGAGAUAUUACGUGCCAAAAUUGGAGGUUUUGGUUUCACAAAACCAGCCGUAAUGAAGGACGAAUAUAAGUGGCAAGCAAUUGAAACACUGAAAACAGGUUGGACAAGUACUAUGAGUGAUUUAUGGUCUUAUGGUGUGUUACUUUGGGAAAUAAUUACUGUUGGAGGAGUACCUUAUGGUGAAAUGAGUCGGCAAGAACUGCUCGACCAUCUCAUGUCUGAUAAACGUCUUGAAAUUCCUAGCCAAUGUAACCCAGAAUUGUGUAUCGAGAUAGAAGCAAAAAGAAUCGAGAUCUCUGCUCUCCUGUGUGAAGGCCACAAGUCCGACAUUGCCAAGCGACUCAACGUCAGUCGGGUGACUGUCCACAGAGUUGUGGAGAGGCUCAGGAACAGAGAAGACCUCAAAGAUCGACCUUGA